CAGGUGACUGUCUGCAGACAGAACAUGGCUGACCUGUCAGAAGACCAAUGAGGGAAAGGCCAAAUUUUGCAUAAUCGAUCUUAUUUUUUUUCUUCCCUUCCGACCGCAGUUGUCCGUCGUGGGCAGCGCUUGACAGGAGGUGUUGAAGAUGAGUGCUUUGCCAGAUGGAAUGGCGAAUGGCCCAAGCAGGAGUGAGGCUUUUAGCAAAGAUGCACAGGUUUGGGAGAGACCGUGGAGUCUGGAGGAGAUACGACAGCACAGUGCCAACUGGUCCUUAGCGGCUGACUCAGGGCUCUUCCUCUGCCUGCAAGACUUCUCUCAGAGAAUGUUGUCGAAGACACAUGAGAUCGAAAAGCAGUUGGACAGCCUCAUCCGGGACACCAAGGCCACGGACAGCCGCCUGCACUCUGUCUUCAAUGACUUUCUAAUGCUUUCUAACACGCAAUUUAUAGAAAAUAGAGUUUAUGACGAGGAAGUGGAGGAGACCCUCCCCAAAGCCGAUGCUGCAGAGAAGCAGCCAGAGCAGGAGAAGACUCGAGAGCAGAAAGAGGCAGAGUUGAUCCCCAAGAUGCAGGAAGCUGUGAGCUACGGUCUGAGAGUGCUGGAGUCAGCCUUUGAGCAUCUGGACAUCAAAGCAGGGAACUCUGACUCCGAGGACGAGGAAAUCCCGGACAGACUAGAGGCCAUCCUGGAACCCAAGGAUCUCUAUGUGGACAGGCCGCUUCCGUAUCUGAUUGGCUCGAGAGCCUUCAUGGAGCAAGACGACGUAGGACUUGGUGACCUGUCGAGCGAUGAAAUGUCAGUUGACAGCGACAGGGACAGCGUCGUCGACAGUGAAGACGACCAAGACGAAAUUCAUUCCGACGAUGACCUUUCCCAGGAAGAGCAUGAAGCUCGCAAUAAUAUCCAAAAGAAGUCGUCAAUGGUUAGUUUUGAAGAGGACGACGAAGAGGAGGAAGAGGAUUCAGAUUUAUUUGAAAAAUCUGACGAAGAUGAAGAUGUUGCAAAGAACGCAGGUCCUUCGUCAUUCACUGAUGAGUUAGCCGCCCGAAUCAAAGGGGAGCCACUUGCCCGGCCUGAGGGAGAUCGUGCCUCGUUGGCAUCUAAGAAGAAGACUAAAAGCAGAAAAGAACCAAAACCUACAAAGCCAGAGGCUGCUGAGGAGGACAGCGACGAUAUGUUUAAGCCUCCCAAGAUGGAGGAUCAUUAUGAUGACGAUGACGACGACGACUUCUCCCCAUUUGGAGGAAAGAGUGGCCUCUUCAGCGGAGGAAAGGGCCUCUUUGACGACGACGACGAGGGGGAUCUUUUCUCUGACGCACCAAAACCUGCCUUGGAGGAGAAAAGGGUAGCGAAUAAAAACGUGAAAAGCCCAACUCAGACUGCAGAAUCACUCAAAGCUGAUAAAAAGAUUCCAGCGGGUGCGGUAUCAAUAUUUCCAGGUAACAGCCUGUUUGGUUCUGGACAAAGCUCCGACUCAGAGGAGAGAAAAUUGAACGGGACCAAAGCAGCUCCCAAACACACGCCCACAGGACUCGCUGGCGCUGGAGCCGGGGGGCUGUUUGAUGAUGACGACGAUUUCUUUAGCGCCGUACAGGAGAAGCCGAAACCUAAAACUCCAAUCGACCUUUUUGACGAUGAAGACGAUGAGGAUGGUGACAUAUUCGGUGGCAAGCACAACGCGGCGACUCCAGCUCAAAGCAAGCGGGAGGUCGAGGAGGAGAAAGACAAGCCUCCGGAGAAAAAGAUGCCAGCGGGGGCCAUCUCCAUGUUCGGCCCCGCAACGAAAAGCCUGCUCAGCGAGGGCUUGAAAAAGCGGCAGCAGUCUACCAGCGAGGACUCUGAGAAAUCCGAAGAGGUUGCUCCUGCUGCUGAUGUUGGAAAAGCUCUAGCCAAGCCGACUGAAAAACCUCUCAGCACGAGCCUGUUCUCUGAUGAUGAAGAGCCUCAGCUAUUUCCAGGUAUCACUAAGAGCCAAUCUAAGCCAGAACCUACACACAUGGGCAAAACCAACAAGUCCGCCCUGUCAUUGUUUGAUGAUGAGGAAGAAGAGGAUCUGUUUGCAUCUGCAGCCAAAUCUAAAGGCAAACCUUCUCAAGCUAAAGUCUCUGUACCACAGCCCACCAAAGCCAGUCCCAGCUCCCUCUUCAGUGAUGACGAGGAUCAGUGGAUAUAUUCAAAAAGUAGCUCCUCAAAGGCAGACACUCAAACAGGAGGAAUAAAAACCAGCGCCAGUGCCCCAUCCAAUCUCCCAAAUACUAAAAUAACUCAGAAUAGCAGUCUGUUUAACGACAAGGGUGAUGGUGAUGACGACGACGACCUGUUUGCCCAGACAAAGACGUCAAGCCAGAAGAAGACCCAGAGGGUUGCUUUGCUGUUUGAAGAUGACGGAGAUGAUGAAGGAAAAGAGUCUCUGUUUGACGAUAAACCUGCAUUUCCCACAAACAAUGCAGCUCCAUCUAAAACGCCAGUUGCCUCUCCGCAGUCCCCCUUAAAGUCAGAGGAGGUUCUGGUUUUUGAGAGCCCUGCAAAGGACAAACCACAAGUGCAGCCGAAACCAGCUGAGAAGAAACCCGAUCCGCUGCCGACUUUGCCAUCACAGGAGAGCGCCGAGAUCAGGAAGAACCCCGCCGGAGCAGUGAGUCUGUUCGGUGGCAUCGACGUUCUCAGCAGCAAGCAGCAGACCAAGGGCCCUCUGGACGACGACGACGACCAGGAUGACAUCUUCCUCUCUAAAGGCAGCCCACCGCCAAUGUUUAACGCUGAGAAAAAGAAGGAAGAGAAGGGCAAAACAAAAACUGUCAGCCUAUUUGAUGAGGAUGAAGAAGACGAAUCCGACUGGAACAAUCCAAUAUUCACGGCCAGUAAGCCCACCACGGCAGGAAAGACGGCAAAGCCCACAGAGGAACAGCAGCAGAAAAAGAGCACUGGGGUGUUCCAGGACGAAGAGCUGCUGUUCAGUCAGACGCAGCAGAAGGACAACGACCCCGACGUUGAUCUCUUUGCAGCCGCCACAAAAACUGAGAGCUCUAAGGUCAGUUCGGUGAAGACAGUAGCACCAAAUCUGUUUUCAGAUGAUGACGAAGAUGACAUUUUCGGCUCUGUCAAGGCAGCAGCUCCACCUCCGAAAGUAGCAAAGAAACCAAGCAAACCUCUUGAAAAAGCACCACUUGCAAGCCCAGAUCCUGUUUCAGAGAUUCAGAAACCAGCAACAAGCCCUGUAAAACCUAAAGAUUCCUCAUCAAGGAUUGGGAAACUUCAAGCCAGUCUGAUGAUCAAUCCUGCUGCUUUGCUCCCUGGUGCUGUUUCCAGCAUGUCAGGGACUCUCAGCUCUUCCUCCGGGGUAUCCAGCUCCAGCCUGAGCCCCAGCCCUGCUUCAACACCCAUAGGAGGACAUGAGGAGAGUCGAGGCGGGGUCAGCUUUGAUACGCCGGUCCAGGUCUCAACUCUGCAGAGUGCACACAAGGACCGUGCCAAAGGCUCAGCUCUUCGCAGACCCCAGUCCAGAGCGGCGAGGCAGCAGGCGGCCAAAAAGUCGAUGGGGGACACGGAUCAGAGCCAAGGGGAUGUUUUUGGGCAAAAUCUCAGCGUUUCCAGUUUGGUGCUACCCCCAUCGAAAAAGCCCAGCCUCUCCCCCAUUACCGCCACUCCACCUGACUCAUCUGAAGUUUCAAGCUCACCAAUGCUCUUGCCUCCACAGCCUUCUUCUUCCUCUCAUAGCUCCUCCAGACCCUCUGAGCUGUCAUUGCCAGUAUCGACAAAUGCAGGCACGAGAGACUCCAGUAAGGACGGCAGCAGUGCGAAGACCCAACCACCAUUAGAGGAAGAUGACAUCUUUGGCUCGGACAGCCUCUUCGGGCCUAAAACAGUCGCUAACAAGCCCUCCCCAAGAGGUACCACCAAGCCCAGUGAUCAACAGGCCAGUAGCGGGGCAGGACUGAAGGACAAAGAUCCCAGCACCCUCCCAUCCAUUUUUGAUGACCACACCGAUGACUUGUUCCGAGAUGUUAAGUCGCAAUCGGCGACGAAGAAAGCUAAGGCCUUGCCCUUUAUGGAAGACGAUGACGAGGACCUAUUUGGGCUCAACAGCAGUGCCACCGCCGCAUCCAAAACUAAUAAGGACAUCAAGAAUGGCAGUAGUUUUUCAAAACAGGCCAUUUUCCAGGACGAAGUCGCCACCGUGCCUAAAGUUGACAAGAAGCUGAAGGAGAAAAGCGUCGAUGCUGCCUUGUUUGACAGUGUGGACAUUUUUGCUGACCUGACAGACACUUUUAAACCAAGACAGAAGUCCAAGUUAAAGGGAGAGACCAAGUCGAUAUUUGAUGACGACAUGGAUGACAUAUUUACAACAAGCACAGCAAAGCCAGUGCAGAAGGCUCCAGAUAAAUCAAAGAAAACUCCACCAGCCAAGGAGACCAGUACUGCACCGGAGACCAGCAACAUAUUUGAUGACCCUCUUAAUGCUCUGGGUGGGAACUAAUUUCUUGGAGUGGCCUGGAGUUUGUACAAUUGUGGAUUUAUUUUUUUUUGCUUCAACAUCAAGCGAUCAAGAAAAGAUAUCUGACGCAAUGUUGAUAGAAUAUUUAUUGCGAUAAAAUCAUAUCAUUAUGUGGCUUAUUUUUCUUCUGAAAAAGACUGUAAUUAGUACGAUUGCAUUCAUCUUUGAACAGAGUUUCCAAAAGGUAUCUUGGCAUCAUAGUUAAUAUAACUGUUUAGUCUUUAUAAUACAUUGUAGCACUUUACGAGCAUACAUUAUGCUUAAUCUCAAGGCCUGCAGAAAUUAAAUUGUUUUGUUUGAUUUGAAUUGUUUGGCUUUGCCACGUGAUAUGUCGUGUCUUUAGGUUUGUGCCAUAUCAUUCUUACUGUCUUAGUCAUUUUUGACAAUGUUUUUAUUAAGAAUUUCAUCCAUUUCCUAACUUUGACGGCGGUGAUAAAGACGAUGCUUUUUUUAAAUGACUAAAAUGAAACAUAUUUUAUCUGAA